AAGACGAAUCAAUGCUUGGCAACUGAGUUAGGAUUUGUUAUAUCUUCAAACGUCUCUUUUUUCUAAAUUUUGUAUCCGAAAUUUUCGCAUUUUAAGAAAAUUUUAGAGAAGAAUAUCAAUAAAAUGUUAACAAUUUAAGUAGAAUAUAAAAUUUCAGCCUCCUAUUUCGUUCUUAACAAAAUGGAUACCAAUAGAUUGAGGGAAAGUAGUGAUGAACAGGACGAUCAGGAUGAUCCAGAUCAAGAAAACGUAACCAACAGUGCGGUGAACGAUGUAAAAGGGACGGAGGAUAGAUUUAUUGAAGAUAGACGAGAAAGUCGCUCCAGUCUAAGCCGCAGGUCAUCAAAACAGAAGAGAAAUAACUCAAGAUCAGAAACACCACAGAAUCAUUCUCGUACGUCAAAUCAACUAAAUUCGACAAAACGCAGUUGGAGAAGUGCUAAUGCCUUUAUAAACUUUGUGCAAGAUUUUAAAAGGGAUUAUCCUGACAUGACAAUCGGUCGUAACAUCUUUCAAAUAUGUGGCGAAAGAUGGAAAGCCAUGUCAAACGAUCAGAAACAGCCAUACAUCGCAGCUGCAAAUAGUGUGAAGAGGCUAAAACAACGAAAAGUGGUCGAUAAUUGCGAACAACAAAUUAAAAAAUCUGUUACACGUGUUUCUAAGCGAAAAGCUGAUACGAAACGAAAAGAAACAAGUCAGAAGCUGUCUAAGGCAAUUAUACGAGUCCCAAAGAGCAAUUCGGAUACUGAUACCGCAACAACAACGGUACAUUCGUCAAUGAGUGAUGCUGACAGUUUGUAAUAAAUAUACUUUGUAAAAGUUCUGUGUUAAACGUUUCUUAAUUGAAGAAAAAAAUUUUCUCUCUC